UGGAACUGAAAUGUGCUGUGACUUUUUGAACGAUUCUCACAUUUUGUAAGAAAUUAAAUAACGAACCUGUUCUCUAUUUCUAGAUGUAGUGACACUGCCAAUCAUCCAGUCUGUAUUAAUGGUACACUUUCCAGCCAAGCUCAGAUGGAUAGAAGGAGAAAAUAUAUUAUACUUGCGUAUAUAAUACUAGCAUAUUCUAGUACUUCUGUUCUGCUACAAUUUUGUCAUUUAAAUGUGGUUGGAUUAGGUGUAUUUGCAACUGUGGUUAUCUUGACAUCAGUUCUAGCUGCAGUUCAUAAAUAAAUUCUGCUUAGAAGUUGAUCCCUGACAGACAGGCUUGGAAACUCUGGAUAUAAGGUUAGUCUUAGGAAUGGAAAGCCUCUCUUCCAAAAGAGUUAGUCCCUUGCCUUUCAAAGGUGAAGUAAUACAGACAUUUGUGUACUUUGAUAGAGGAUUAGAAACUGAAUUUUAUGUACAGUGUUUGAAAGUCUGGAUGUGAAUUUCUGCCAUACUACCUCAUGGUAUAUAUCAGACGUGCAUGAAAAGGACUAAAGUUUCAACUGAAAUAAGAGCCCUUCUUUUAGGUGUUUUAAGUGCCUCAGCAUCUUAAGUGGAAAAGGCAGGAUGAUAGGGGAAAAGAGCAUUAUCCAUGUUUCAGAGAAGAGGAGAAUUAAGAUGCAGGAGAAUUAACUUGGCUGAGGUCACUCAGUAAAUCUGUAGCUGAGCUGGGAAUCAAACCUACAUCUCCUGGCAUCCAGUGCAGGGGUUUUAGCUUUAAGACUAUUUGGAAUAGUAAAGAUGGUUUUAAUAAGGGGGAGAAAGCUACACUUUAGUUAAUUCUAAACUUUUUUUUUUUUUAAAUGUGAUUGGGAAACAUUUAAGUAAUAACUGACAUGUAAAAUUGAUCUCUUUGGAGGUUGAGAGAAAAAUAAAAGUACAUUAGACUUUCCACAGAGUACUCAAGAAUUAGGAAACAUUUUAGGACUCUAGAAAUGUUAACUCUGUUUUUAGAUUCCUUUAUUGAUAAGUGUGGAGAGGUUUAUAUUUUUUCUCUUUUUUUUUUUUCUUCCAUAUUAAUGCACAGGAUAGGGAUUACAACUAAUUAAAGUCCUUUUGGGAGUUUUAUUCUUCAGUUUGUGAAUCCACACCUGUCAGGCAGGAUGGUAUAACAUUUGGAUUAUAAAUAUUUUAACCUGUAAAAUACUUCAGAUUAUACUGCCCAAAAGCAAGUGAGUUGCUUGGUUUCCAUGUCAUCUGUCAGUCCAAGCUUGCAGACUUGAAUACUGGUAUGACAAAACAAGGCACAAUGAGUUGUAGCAGCGUAGCUAGGUAAAGGCUUGGUUUAAUUCAAUUUCAAAAUUGUGAUUACAGUUGCUACUAUAGGUAGGUAUUGUGAAACAGGCAAAUCUUUACAAAGGGAUUUAUAUAGAUAAGGCACAUUUUACAAGACUUGUUCAUAGCAGCAAGAUUGAACAGUAUUUAAAUUGUUGCAUGUCUUAAUUUGUGUCUGAUUGGACCUGCUGGGAGUGCUGCUGAAGUGGGACGUACUUGUCAGCUGUGCCCUUAAAUAAUGUACAUGCACACAAAACUCUGUCAUUCUAGAGGAGACAGCCUUUGUAAUGCUGGGAACCAAAAUCUUCAUGCUGAAAAGAACCCCUAGACAUGCACCUUGGAGAGGAUAAUCGGGGAAACAGCUCUGGGAGGUGUCUACGAGCACCAUCUUAAGCAGCAGGCUCAGUACUGGGCUGGGGUAGGCUUCAGCGUGAGGCUGCACCACUGGGAUGACCCAGCGGUGGAGACUCUGUAGUCCUUCCCCGCACGCUUCCUUCAGCCGACAGAUGUUUUGGCUGUCCAGCAGCCUCUGUACCAGUAGAGCCUUGCUGCCAUUUACGUGAGGUAACCUCAGCAGGGGGAGGUGCAUUGGAAUUGAUGGAAAACCACCUGCAAUUCAGAUCUAAAGUUUGAUCUGGAGCCAGGGUACUUGACCUCAGAGCAUGCUUCUUGGUGCACUGAGUAUCUUUAGCCAACUUUACGCUUUAGCAAGUAGAUGGUUUUGAUGGGUAGCAACUUUCCUGAGCUUGCUUAUUAAUGAAUGUUCUUACACUGAAAUUAGAAUUGAGAAAUUUAAAAUUAACUGCUGUAGCAUGUUUUUUGCUUCUACUGUGAGUAGAUAAAAUAGAGUUUUCAAGCCAAGAAAGUUAGAUUAUACCUUUCUGCACCUUCUGUUUUCUUUUACCUUUUUGUUGCAAGGUUUGGCAUAGGCCAGUCAGUCAGUCUAUAGGAUUAAGAUCUUGUUAAUAGUGAUAAAUUGCAAUAUCUGUUCACAUUUCACAAAAUCUUAGGUUUUUUAGAAUGCUUACAGUGUUCCUGUUACCUUAAAAGGUGCUAACAAAAGCUACAAAGCAAAUCAUCUUUUUGAAGGUAUAUUGUCACCAUGGAACAAAACAGGUGUCAAAGCUUGUGGCAGUCCAGAGCUAUUGAUGAGAGGGAUGGUAAUAAUCUUAUUUUGCAGACUUUACCACUGGGCUACAGGAAAUACACAUUCUGUUAUUAAGGUCUCAAGUGCUCUGCCUGCACGGUUACCAGGCUGGCAGUCAAUAGUCAGCCAAGUAAAGUUCUUCUAUUUUCAUGCAUUGUGGCUUCAGUGACAGCAGCUGCUUGGCUGGGGCACACUAGUCGAGAGAGGUGGUCUGCUCCCUAUUGACAGGGAGGAUUUCUCCUCCCAGAAAGUCAUCUCUGUUGCCUCUCUGUGUUCCCUGGGGCUCAAGUACACUUUUAGCUGACUGGAUACCAAACAUGGAUAUUAACAGUUAACUUGAACUUUGAAUGGACCAUGUAAACUCAUCUGGCACUCUCUUAGGCUGUUCUAGCUGAGAUGCAGUCCCCUCCUGACAUACAGCCCUGGACAAUAUCUGAAGAAAAAUCUUCUGUUCAGAUUUUUGUAAUGUUUGCUUAGUGCUACAAAGUAAACCUUUUAUAAUACAGUAACUAAAAUGUGGUAAAAUACUGGUUUUGACAUAUUUCCUGGACUUGAUAUCCUGCCUCAUAAAUCUUAGGAAUUUCAAUGCCUUGUUUCACUACGUAUCAGAAUACCAGAUAAUUUUGUGGGAAGGAAUCUUGUUUUCUGCUACACAAAGCUAGUCUUAAGGAGCAACUUGGCAUCCAUGUGUUCACGCCUCACUCGUGCACGCGUUAAAACCUCUCCCCCUGCCUCUGUGCCCCUGUUGAAUCAGAAGCCUUCAGAUUUGAUGUCCUGAUUACAGACUCAAACCCGUGGCUGCUGGCGUGUGUCUUGGAACUAUGGGAUGGCACUGCUGGCACAGGGCAUCCAAAGAGCCCCCCUAAUAAGGGGGCAGUGAGGACAAGGCAAGCCAGAGAACUCUGUUCAGUCUGACCUUGCCCUUCUUUUAGUACCUGAUGGGGUGUUAAUUUUCAUUGUUAAAACAUUAGAAAGAUAAGAUAAGACUUCUACCUGUGACAUGAAAAGGCAGUUGUACCCUCUUUGCUGUGUUGGAAUAUAGAAAGAGUUUUUAAAGAACAGUCAUUUCAUUUUGGUAGUGUCUAGUGCAGUCUUGUUCAAGGUUUUGCUGCUUCCCGUCCUCGUAGAAGGUGAUUUAUCUGAACAGCAGAGACGCUAAUGAUCUCUCUCUACUUCUCUGACCUAAGUUUGCAGUUACUCUCUGCUGCUUGUUGUGAGUUACCUGACUUGUUACAGUCUUUCAGAUGGUUCAGUCUUUCUCAAAACUGAAAAGAAACAAUUUCUUAAUAAGAUAAGCCUGGGAGGCUUAGUGUCAAAAAGCAAAGUUGAUCCUUUUUACUUGUUUACUCUGUGCUAUCUUUCAAUUCAGCCGCCUUUCUUUAAAGAACUAACCUUUUGGAUAGGUACAGGAGAUACUCUUAAGAAGAAUGCUUUUGCAGGUAGUCAAUUUGAGACUGAAAACUCGCAUCAGUCCUCCUUAGUGUAAAUAGGUCAAUCCACUACGACUACAGCCGCUUCUCUAGGUUAGAAGAAUCUGUCGAAUCGCCCCGUGCAAAGCUUCCGCGCAGACUUUCCGUCCGUGGGAAGCGCGCACGGCUCGGACGGCCGUGUGCUGCAGUACCCCGUGCCGCGCACCGCGCACCUCCCCAGCCCUAGCCCUGCCCCAGAGCCAGCCUUGCCGCAGCUGCUAGCGCCAGGCGUCCCUAACCCGGCCUCCCCGCCGCUGGCCGGCGAGACCCUGCCGCUGCCGUGGGGAGGCGAAGGGGACCGUGCUCCUCCCGGCCCUGCCCCGCGCCCUCUCUGGGGGGGGGGGCAGCUGGGUGCCAGCCCCGAGGACAGGCUCCCCCGGGCUCUCUUGGCAGGUGUCGGGGCCCUGCCCCCCCCCGUGAAACGCGUGCGGGGGCUCCCCAGGGGAACUCGUCACCGGCACGGCUAAGGCACACGGAGCUGCCGAGAGGGACGCCCUGCAGCUGAAGGUCAGGAGUAACGGGGAAGGUGACGGUACCGACCGGUGCUAGAAACAUUUGCUGGACGCCUGAUUAAAAUAGGAGUUUUAGCAAGGCGGGAUAUUCCCAGCCUUACAAAGUACCAGAUAAUUCUAGCAAGAGACCAAUAUAGAAAAAACCCUUCUUCACAAAAUGGGGGAAUACAUCAAGGCAUAAUUGAAGGAGAUUUUGCACUUUGUAUCAGUUUAUAUCAUGGUUAUGAGCUGCUGCUGCAAAUGGGAGUACGGUCAUUAUUUAUCUACCUUUGUGGAAUUAUGGAUGGUUCAAAAGGGUUAACCCGUACGAAGAAUGAACUUGGUCGUAAUGAGGACUUCAUGAAGCUAUAUCAGCAGCUUAGAGACAUGUUUUCAGACACAUCUCUGGCUUCACUGAAUGGAAAUGUUUACAAGAGUAAAACAGUGUUUGAAAAUAAAAAGGAAUUUAUCUACAGCCAUCCAAAACUAAGGAAAUUGGAGGAAAUUGUAAUAGAACACUUCAAAUCCGGGAAGAAGGGAUGUUCUGAUCAAGUCACGACUGAAAGCACAUCUGUGGACGCUGUGGAUACCAGAGUGAUGAUCUUCUCAUCAUUUCGAGAUAGCGUGCAAGAAAUUGCAGAAAUGCUUUCCCGGCUCCAUCCAGUUGUUAGAGUAAUGACAUUUGUUGGCCACUCCACAGGAAAGAGCACAAAAGGCUUCACACAAAAGGAACAACUUGAGGUGGUAAAACGCUUUCGUGAAGGUGGGUAUAACACUCUGGUCUCUACCUGUGUUGGGGAAGAAGGCUUAGACAUUGGAGAAGUUGAUCUCAUCAUCUGCUUUGAUGCUCAGAAAAGUCCAAUUCGCCUCGUGCAGAGGAUGGGUCGAACGGGGCGUAGGCGUCAAGGCAGGAUCGUUGUCAUCCUCGCCGAAGGGCGGGAGGAACGGACUUACAAUCAAAGUCAGUCUAACAAAAGGAGCAUCCACAAAGCUAUUUCAGGAAACAAAAUGCUUCAUUUCUACCAGCGUAGCCCACGUAUGAUUCCAGAAGGCAUAAAUCCAAAGUUGCAUAAAAUGUUUAUUACUGCUGAAAAGUAUGAACCAAGCAGUUCAAGAAUGCUUUCCAAAGAGAGAAGGUCUAGUUCCCUCCAGCAUAAAUCUGCUCUCUUUUCCUGUGUCACUGACAAAAAGCAAAUACACGGUCACGAGAGCUGGUGUCUCUCGCCUGAGGAAUAUGAAAUAUGGGACAGACUUUACAGGAUUAAGGAAAGUGAUGGAGUAAAGGAACUGAUAGUGCCUCAAGUUCCCUUUGAAACCUUAGAAAACCUGGAAGAAAUAUCAAAGCAUGAAGAGGAGGCAACUCAUGAACUUUCUUUGUCUGAAUGGAGAAUUUGGCAGAAUCGUCCUUUUCCCACAUCUAUGGUUGAUCACUCAGAUCGUUGUUACCAUUUUAUCAGUGUUAUGGAAAUGAUAGAACUGAUGAGACAUGAACAGGGAGAUUGCAGCUAUGAACUGGAGAUUCAGCCUCACUUACGUAUGGAAGAUGUUAAUGUUCAAAGGAAUAAAAGUCAUCUUUCCAUGAUCAACUCCACAUUUGAUCAGAAAGCAUGCUCAUCUAGAAAAGACAUGGCGCACAGAUCAAAAGUAAAACCAUUUUUACCUGAUACAAAUGAUAAUGGGAGUGAAUUCUUUACCACGUUUAAAGUAACAAAAACAAAGACUCCCAAAAGAACUUCCGGAUUAAAUUUGGAAGUGCCUGUGUUGCCUACAGAUACAGAUACAGCUUCUUACUCAGAAAGGCGGCUUGCUCUGGUUGAAAAUGCUGACCAGGGCAGUCAAAAGGAUGAGGAACUAGAAGUGACAUUUGACUUAAAUGGAUUUAUUGACCUGUGUGACAACAGUGAAAGUACUAUAAUUCAUGAAAGUGCAGCAAUAAAGGAAUACAAAACUGUAGAUAAAGCUUGUAGGUCACUGGGGACGAAUGACGCAGAUUCGGGUUAUAGUAGCUUCACAGUUGAGAAAUCACCUGUGUCGUCUGACUUAUUUUAUCUUCCUGAAUCAUAUGUGGAUUCGUUUGCACUUGUGAGACCAUCUGAGGAGCCUUCUUGGUUAAAUCAAGUAUUUUCCCAUGUGAAAAGGCUUUUAUCACAAUCUCCUCCCUCUUUGAAUAAACUUCAUGAUUUUGAAAACAUGAUGAGAAAUGAAGAAACAAUAUGUCCUUUUCAAAACAUUACUUCUGAUAGUUAUUCAGAAAGACUACAGGACAAAGUCUUUCCUGCAUCUUCAGAAGUUAAUUGUUCACUGCUGCUCUUUGAAAAUCCCGAACUGAAAGUCACCAGUGAAUUGUGUGCUUCUGUAAGUACCCGUUUUUCAAAAACCGUAUCAUCUUCUGAAACUGCUGUUGUUAAUGCCAAAGAGGAACUUCACUGGAAUGACAGCUUUGAUAGUCUGUUUGCCAAUAAAGAAUUCACUGAAAUUCAAGAAUUCACUGAAAUUCAAAAGAAAACGCCAACAAUAAAUCACGCUCUGACAAAUAACCCUUCAAUUAAGUAUUUUGUUCAAAAAGAUAAAGAAGGUCUUGAAAUUAACAAGAAAAAUUUGAUUAUUGGUGAAGAGAAGAGAAUACACUUAUUUGAAGAUGAACGCAUUUAUGACACAAAUAAUGGAAUUUUUUCUCUGAGCAAUAAGCAUUUAGUCAGGUCAGAUUCAGGUGAGAGUGUUACUAGGCCAGUUGCAGAGCGAGGCUCCGAGUGGUUUCCUUCAGAGAUGUGCUGCGUGAACACUGACAAAACCUCCAAGGAGCAGCCUAUAAGCAGUAAAACCACAACCGUGGAAAUGUCAGGUGAUAUUAGUGUGACCGAGCAGUUUCUGGAUAACGAUGAUCUUUAUGACUGUUCUCUAGAACUGUUCUCUGUUAAAUUUGAUCUGGGAUUUUCCAUCGAAGAGUGUGAGAAUGAAAUCUCUGAAGAAAAUAUAAAUAUUAAUAACACCAGAAAAUUAAACGGUGCCUCAGGGAGUCAUGCAGAUGUUAAAUCCACUGAAGAUAAAAACAAAUUACUGAAUGAUAGCUCCAGACUUGAAACAUCACCAAAACGGGAUUGCACAAGUUUUGAGAGAAGAGAUAUUUCCGCACCAUUGCCAUUCCAGAGCAGGAGCAUGAAUGAUGGAGAAGGGACUGAGGAUGCUACCACUGCAGUGCCUUUCUUGAAGUCAGGAGACAGAAGAACGGGAAGUGGAUCACCUGAAGCUUUGGCCUCUGCACUCACUACCCCAACAAGUAGCAAGGUUAUGAAUAUUGAAGCUAUUAAAAGAAUUCCUAUGAAUGUCUUCUCUAGUGCCAGGGAGGAAAUUCCAGAGGUGCCUCUUACAGAUAAAGUAAACAAAAGCCCACAUAGGCAGAACUUCGGGAGUUCAGCCAUGGAUGCACUUGAUUCCCCUUUAGGAAGAACUGAAAACCUGGAAGACGCCAACCUUCAUAGUUCACGUAUGUCUCCUGCUGAAGGAGCCAGCAGUGAAAGUGAAGAAGAGAUCAUUUUCCAGAGACAAAAUAGGAAAAAAAAGAAUGUUUUGAAGUCUCCUGAUGUUAUGAAUGAUAGUGAUUUUGAAUCGCCGAUUCGCGCCAUCAGAAAACGUCGACACCCACUUAACAUGUCAGACGUGUCCAGUGAUGACAGCAUGGAUUUUCACAAGGACUCAAGUAGGACCACACAUAGCAGCUCUGCAGCCUGUAACAAAAAACAGCUAAGAAGUAUGAAACGGCAAAAGGUCAAGAGCGAUUUUACAUACAAGAAUGCAGCAAGACAGUUUCUAGAUGAAGAAGCGGAGCUGUCCCAGCAAGAUGCAGGCAGUGUUUCAUCUGAUGAGAGUGAUGACACAGAGAACGAGCUGAACUCUUCACUUGCUGAAUUCCUGAAUGAUGAUGCAGCGGUCACACAAGUGUUAAAUGACUGUGAGAUGACAGGAGUUUACCUGAAAUCUGUGCGUAGUCCAGCUCUUGGCAAUAGAUAUAAAAUGGUUCAUCGUGAAUUCAACAACAUGGAGAUUUUCUCACAGAUUCCCGAGCAAGACCAGGGUUACGCAGAAGACAGUUUCUGUGUUGGAGAGGAGGAAGAGGAAACUUGCAAAAAAAGUGAAUCUAGUGAGGAGGAAGUGUGUGUUAAUUUUGAUCUCCUAAAUAAUGAGAGUUUUACUAGUGGAAGAAAACAAUACCUCACUCGCCGCAGAAAAAAAUUAAACCAGGCCAGGAUGGAAGAGAACUACUCUGUCCCAAUGCAAAAGAAGAAACCAUCCCGAAUUAUUGUUCUCAGUGAUUCCAGCGGGGAAGAAACAAGUGUCAGCAGUGAGAAGCCCAUGAAAACAGACUGUUUCAGGGCAGAACAGGAAAAUGCUAAGUUACCCACUUUAUUGCCUUCAGUCUCUUCUGUGCAGCACAAAAAAAUUGCUGGGGAAGUCAUUGCUCAUCAGUCUGCAGAGGCUAAGAGUGAGAUGCUUCUUGGCUUGAAAGCUGCGGUAUCUGAAAUGCUGGAUUUUCACCCAGACCAUCAAGUCAGGAGCACAUGCUUUCCACCAGCUGUUGCUAGUUCUGAUCCGGGGAAAGAGGAUCUCCAGGCUGCCACUGAGGUGGAAAGUUCUUUGAAGAACCCCUGUAAGACCACUUCAGUUCCAACUUGUUCCGCUUCCACAAAACCCUCUUCAGCUACAGCUCUGUUUCCACAUGACGCUCUGGAGAAAAAGCCUUCCCUCUGUAUUCUGGUAGACAGUCGUGAGAUCUCCUCUGGAGCAGAGGUGAUUUCUUCCUUGAAGGCAGUUCACGGAGUAAAGGUGCAGGUUUGCUCGCUGAGCAGCAGCGAUUACAUUGUGAGCAACCGCAUGGCCGUGGAAAGGAAAUUUCUGUCAGAAUUACUGAACUCUGUGAACAGGAAUAAAGUCACCCAGCGGAUCCAGCGCCUGCAGAGCAUGUUUGAGAGAAUAUGUGUGAUUGUGGAAAAGGACAGGAUUAAAACAGGAGAAACGUCACGAUUUUUCCAGAGGACGCAGUACUACGAUGGUGUGCUCUCAGCCAUGGUCCAGGCAGGGGUCAAAAUUCUUUUUAGCUCGUGCCAAGAGGAAACUGCCGGUUUGCUGAAAGACCUGGCUUUGGUGGAGCAAAGAAAAAACGCUGCCAUUCGUGUGCCGACGGAGGUGGAGGGUCACAAACAGGAAAUGCUCAACUUCUACUUGAGUUUUCCUAAUCUCAGCUACCUGGCUGCUCUCAAUAUGUGCCAUUACUUUGACUCCGUGAAGAAGAUGGCCAACAGCUCCCCCUCCGACAUCGCCACUGGCGCCCAGGUCAGCCUGCAGAAGGCGGAGGAGAUCUACCGCCACCUCCACUACGGCUUUGACGUGCAGAUGCUGCCCGAGAACCUCUGCGCUAAGGGCAGAAGCAAUGCAGCUGCCAAGAGCUGAGGGGAGUGAAACUUUGGUUUCUGGACCCCCAGGCUGUUUUUUGUUUUACUGCACUUUACUGAGUUUUGAUUCACUGUAAAAUAUGUAAAUAAAUCCUUGCAGAAACAUCA